AUGGCUUCCUUCAGCAACCUGACGAUUGGCAUUGCUGCUGCCAGUUUUACUGUAUUUCAGCUCCUGUUCCAUGUUUUAAGUUCUUGGGUGUCAACACGAAUAACACCUGGUUUUAACAAUCUCAGCCAAAAAAGGAAGAUCGAAUGGAAUUCAAGGACAGUGUCCACAUUCCACGCCUUGGUGGUCGGUGGGUUUUGCCUCUAUAUUUUGUUGUACGACGACGCUGUUAACGCUGACCGUCUCUGGGGUGACCCUUCAAUUGUGAAACUGAAUAUUGCUAUUACCACAGGCUACCUCAUUUCUG